UUGUCACGCAUCAUUGGUAUAACCUUUUUAAAAUGGUCUUAGCACAGAUUGAGCAAAAGCGUCCAAACCAUUUAACCACGGCAAUUGGUUUUGUACAUCGUACAUAACGUUCGCCAGUGAUAACUUCCAGCUCCUGACUUUUCGACGCAUGAUGGUAAAAUUUCAUUCGAUGCGUCAAUCCUCGCUGCGGCGAUAGGCACGUGCGUCUCCGGUCUGCUGUGACAGACAGCACGUUAUCCGACUGUCUGGGGCGCAGGAAUGCAUGGACUAUAGCGACUACUGCCGGCUGAGCAGCUCGGACGAAGAGGAUCAGCAGCAGCAGCAGCAGCAGCGACGGCGGCGGGGCCAGCAGCCGGCUGAUAUGACCGAGCUGAUGAGCGGACAGGCGUCAGCCGGCAGACAUGGCGGCCUGCCCGCCAACGGAGACCUGCCCUUCUACGCCCUGCCCAGGGCCAAAAAGACGUCUGCAGAAAUCAUACAUGAGGCUCGCGCGGCGCUCGGAGACGGUCGGGCCGUGGUCCGUACCGUGGACACGAGCCGUCCGUUCACGCCACGAGACCGCCAGAGGACGCUGUUCGGUACGGCCCAGACCUCACCCACGUCCGGCCGGCCCACCAGUGCCUUCAGCAUGAACAGCCUGAGUUUGAGUUUCGACACGAACGAUUCUCGGCCAGUGUCCGGAGUUCGUCUUCUACCACUCACCACCGGCCGGUGUUCAUUCGGAAAGAACGGCAACUCGCCGCGGCAGGAGUCGAUCGAGAACGUCACCUUUCCGGCACUGUCAGAUGCUGGCAGUAAGGGCAAUUACCACUUACCGGCUCUGACUGCGCACGACCGGGUCAGCCGGCGUCAGUUUCGGGCGGCCUCCCUCGACAAACUACCGGAGGAGGGUGAGGAGAUGUUAGCCGCGGCGCUCUCCAGCCGUAACGCGCACAGCGGGCCGCGGGAGCGCACCCGGCACCCGGUGGAGUGCGUGCCGCGGCCGGGGGUGGGCCACCCGCUGCCGGAGCUGGGCUCGGCGCCGCGGCCGGCCGACGUGCAGCCUCUCAGCGUGCAGCGCCAGAUCGUGGAGGCGCUGCGGCCGGCCGGCGAGCGGGCCGCGCGGCAGCCGCCGCCGCCCUCGGCCGGUCACCUACUACAGCUGGUGCUCUCCCAGCCGGAGGACGCCGGAGACCUGCACCUCAGCGACCUGGAGAGCAGCCAGAGGAUGACCAGCGGGCCGAGCACCGCGGCGCCCUCCUCCGCCGCCUCAGCCACCGUCACGCCAGCCGACAGCGAGCCGGAGGCCGAGUCCGCAGACGACUUUGGGUGGUCGCUGUUCAGGAAGAAACGCGGCAUCCCGGCCACCACGCGGCCGGCGGCGGGUCGCGCGGCGGACCGAAAAGCCGAUCGGCCGCGGCUAGGGGUGGCUGACGACGCGUUCACCAGCGAUCCGGCGGCUGUUUCGGCGGCCUCCGGGCCGAGCGGCGGAGGCGACGCGAUGGCGCGGCUGCACCCGGACGCGGCGCCGCUGCGGCGGCCGGUGGUGGCCCGCCGCGGCCGCAGCAGCUCACCGCGAGCUCCGGCCGAGCCACCCGAGGUGGCUGAGUACGCCGAGAGUCGGCCGAGCAGCGCGGUCAGUGGGACCGGGCCGGAGGAGGAGGAGCGGCCGCGCUCCCAGGAGCAGCAGAUCCUGGCACUGCUGGCGCGGCUCACGGAGAUGGCUGAUAAUGGUGCGGAUAACGCUGAGGUGCUGACAUCUGUUGUCGACCUGUAUCAACUGCUGGCUGAUACGAACCACCUGGGUCGAGGCUCCCAGCACCGGAUCGCCACUCUGAAGACGAUAUUCCGCUUUGUGGACCGUCAGCACCCGCGACUUUUGAUGCAAAUUUCUCGAACCAUUCUAGCGUUGCAAGUGAGUGGGAAGAACCUAACCAGCGUAUGCAAAUUGGUCUUCAAAGUCGCCCAGGACGAUGAAAAUGACGCUCUCUUUCUGGAGGGCAACUUUCUCGAACUGCUUCUGGAGAUUAUCGGACGCAGCAGCCCCCUGGACGACGGAGAGGCGUGUGUCUACAGUUACGGCGCACUCAAGUUUCUGACGAUGAAUCCGGCGCUGGUAACGCGACUCAUGAGUCUGGGCAUCCUAGACCUGGUGGUGCUUCAUCUGAAACUCAUCACCACAAAGAAGCUGGAGAGUAAGCGCGUCUCGGAGCAGACCGGACACGCACUGUACCAGCUCACCGGGGUGCUGCGAAACCUGGCCAAUGUGGACUCGACGCUGCCGCGGCUGGUGAGCUCCGGCGCCACGGCGCAGAUCUCCGGAGUGCUGGCUCUCUUCAGCGCCGACAUGGACGUCAUCUCCAACGUGGCCAGGAUCCUCAGCAUUAUUUCCACACACGACGAAUGCUGCGAGCAGCUGGUGGAGAGCGACCUCAGCUUCCGAGCCUGCAUCAAGGUGCUGAAGAAGUACCCCGGCGCCAACAACAUCGUGGUGCGGAUGGGCUACGCGCUCGGCAACCUCAUGGCCCGGUCAGAGUCUGCUAGAGUCAAGUUCUUCAGGGAGCCGGAGGCGUUGGAAACCCUGCUGAACCUGCUGGAUAUGUACUCCCGACGGACGGCCAGCAGCAGCAACAACAACGGCACGGUCAGCUCGGAGGCAGGGGAGGCCGGCGACUCGGCCGCCAACGACCCCGGCGCGCUCAGCGGCACGCCAGAGGACGUCAUUGUCAAGUUGAUCCGUGUGGUGGCCAACAUGGUCAUCAACCAGGAGGUGGGCUCCGAGGUGUCCUCGUCCCCGGCCUGCCUCAAGGUGUUGCUUGGCGUGCUGCGAACCCACAGCGUCGAGGAGCAUGAGGAGCUCGUGCUGUCCUCUCUGUCUAUGCUCAACAACCUGACCUUCUAUGCCAGCGAGGAGAGCGUCGUUUUCGAACGUCAGGCGGAGGUAACGCACUGUAAGUAUGCCCGAUAA